ACUCGUGUUUCUCCGGAAGAAUGGCGGCAGCGGGCUCGUCGUCGUUCGUGUUUUGUUGGGUUUUUGUCCACGGAGCAGCAGCGGGAGAGUUAAUAAAGCUGGAAGAUAGAAAGAGCAGCAGUUGGUGAACUGUGGAAAGAAGAGAAACGGCUUGAAGCUCAGCUGGAACUGCUCAGGAAGUGUUAAAGGAAAGUUUGGAGAGAGAAAAGCUAGCAGAGAUGUGGAGACAGCAGGUCAAGCAGCGACUGGAUGCAGCAGAGGAGCAGAGACACCACAUCCUGGAUGCUGCUUUCAGCCCCCAACAUCUGCUGCACACAUCAGUGUUUCCUGAAGAUGCUCAGCAGACGCUGCUGCUCAAAGAAGAAGCUGCUGAGGAACAGAGUUCUGAUGCGGACCAAGAGGACCCACAGCCGGUCCACAUAAAGGAGGAAGAGGAGGAACUGUGGAUCGGUCCGGAGGCAGCGGACCUGGAUGUGAAUGACGACGCUGAUGCCAGCAGAUUUCCAGUCAUUAAAGUUAUCGUUAAGAGCGAGGAUGAGGAUGAUGAACCUGGAGACGUUCCAAACAGCAGCUCAGCUGAGCAGAUGAAGGCAGAGACUGAUGAAGAGGAGGGUGGAGGAGCAGAAUCCAGCAGGCACCCAGAUGUGAACCCUCGCCGUGGCUCCUCCAAGUCUUCAGACACUGAGAACAGCGAAGUGGAGGAUGAAGGUGAGAAGCUUCCUGACUCUGAGCUGAAGCUGCCGUCAGACCAGGGGUCUGAAACCGGCGAGCUGAGGACCGGCUGGAAGCAGAGCGCUGCUCCCGGGUCGGGUGGAAACCCCGUCAGCCUGAAGUGCUUCAUCUGUGAUGACUGCGGUAAAACCUUCAAAAAGAGACAUUAUCUAAACGAACACAUCAGAAGCCACACGGGGGAGAGGCCGUUCGCUUGUGACGUCUGUGGACAGAGGUUCAGCCUGAAGAAAUGUCUGAACGUCCACGUGAGGAACCACUCUGGGGAGAAACCGUUCUGCUGCGACGUUUGUGGCCAGAGGUUCAGCCUGAAGAGAACGUUGAAUGACCACCAGAGGAUCCACACCGGGGAGAAACCGUUUAGUUGUGAUGUUUGUGGCCAGAGCUUCAGCCUGAAGAAAACGUUAAACGAUCACCUGAGAAUCCACACGGGACAGAAACCCUUCAGCUGUGACGUUUGUGGGCAAACGUUCAGCCUUAAGACCACCUUAAACAGACACAUCCAGAUCCACACGGGACAGAAAGCCUUCCGCUGCGACCUGUGUGGACAACGGUUCAGACAAAAGUCCACGUUAAACCGUCACCUGACCAUCCACACGGGGCAGGAGACAUACCCCUGUGAGGUUUGUGAGCAAAAGUUUGAGCGAAAGACACAUCUGAACAUCCACAUGCGAGUCCACGCUGGUCAGCAGCCGUUCUGCUGCGACGUGUGCGGACAAAGGUUCGACCGCAAGUCCAAUCUGAAGAUACACCUGAGGAUCCACACAGGACAGAAGCCGUACUGUUGUGGUUUCUGUGGACAGAGGUUUGGCAGGAAGUCCAAUCUGAACAGACACAUGAGAAUCCACACAGGAGAGAAAUCCUUUAGUUGUGAGUUUUGUGAGCAGCGGUUCAGCCUGAAGACGAGUUUAAACGAUCACCUGAGGAUCCACACGGGGGAGAAGCCAUUUUUUUGUGACGUUUGUGGUCAAAGAUUUCGCCAAAAGUCCACGUUGAAUAUUCACAUGAAAAUCCACACCAGACAGAAAUAAUCGCUGAGUUUGAGGCCAGACGAUCGCUUCUCUGGUUACUGCUAAAAACUAAAAAGUCUAUUCGUUAUCAUCCAGCUGCAUAAUCAUAUUUAUAUUCAUUAAUUCUGGUAUAAUCUGUUGAGAACGGCUGUGAAGAACCUCCCUAGUUUCCACCGGUGAGACCCUGCAGGGUCGGGGUUUGUUACAUGACUGAGUUGGACCCUUGACUCCAUUUUACUGUAUUACUAUUACUAAUAUAUAGUAUUACUAAUUUUCACAGGAUGGAUGUGAUUCUGCAGAUUUUCUUUCAUCAUAUCUUUAUUUGCAGUUUAAAGCCCUCUGAUAUCUCAACAGUCGGGUUUUUUCUCUGCAGUAACAGGACGUUUGUCACGAAAGCUCAGAUUGUGAUGAAGUGUUUUAACUUUUUAUUUAAUCUCUUCAAAAAUAUAUAUAUUUACUCGUGAGAAUGAAUAAUUAGUGCAUGAAAUGUUUUUUUUUGCCAAAGUCUUAGUUUAACAAAAGUAAAGGAAUAUAUGUGCAACUAUUAUGUCCUGAAGGAAAAUUAUGUUCAAAAUGAUUGUCCUGGUUCUGUUUUCAGAAGAAAGUAUUAAAUAUUAAAGGCUGUAAUAAAAUUAAUGAAAUAAGUCUGUUCUGUAAGGAA